AUGGGGGUGGCCAAAGCUCUGCUGGUGGAGGCACUGGGGACGUUGCUGGGGGUCCUUCUGGUGCCACAUCAGCCCCUUCCCCUGCUGCUGGUGGGGGUGGUGGCACUUGUGACACGGCUGAUGGCUCUGCCAGGGGGUGUCACUGGUGUUGGGGCUCCUGGUGACAUCAGUGAUGACACAGCUGGGGGUCCUGCUGGGGGGCAGCUCCUGAAGGACCCCCAGGUGUUAUUCGCAGGGUACAAAGUCCCUCACCCCCUGGAGCACAAAAUCAUCAUCCGAGUCCAAACCACCCCCGAUUACAGCCCCCAAGAAGCCUUCACCAAUGCCAUCACCGACCUGAUCAGCGAGCUCUCCCUGCUGGAGGAGAGAUUUAGGGUUGCUAUUAAAGACAAACAAGAAGGAAUUGAGUGA